AGCCAUUCUCAAACAUACCCACCUUAUUUAAGUCUUCUUCCUAACGGUUUUAAUUCUCUCCAAGUUUCUUCGUUCUUAUUUUCUCACUAUGCUUUCGCCGCAAUGCAUUGAUAUACUUGUAUAACUUGAUCACUUCCUCUACUUCCCAAAUUUCGAACAUUUGCUCUCAUUUCACUCACGUUUCGCUUAUCUGUUCUAGAAGCUCCAUCCUUUGGUGCUUUCUGAUUAGCUUUGAGGAAUUUGAGUUCUCUGUUGUUGAUUUGCUUGCGUUUUCUUUUCUUAAAAAAUAAAUAAACGCCUCGACGUCUGAUGAAACAAAUGAAUCUUAAACGAGUUUCAUAGCAAAUAAGUCGGGGAUUUCUGGCUAGAGGAUGAUGAAUUGUAUUGUUCCUUUCUUAUUUAUUUUCAUAGUGGUUCAUAUUAGAAAGGUUAGGAAAGUGGUUUCAGUAGUAUCAGGUUCUUCUCCAAUAUAGAUCUUUCUUUUUUCUUGCUGGAAAUCGAGUUCCUUUUCUAUUAGAAAGGCUUUAAUCGAAGUGAGAAACUAUCUCGAGAUUGGUCACUUCAACUAAAGUUGAAUCUUCSAUCUGAGCCUGCAUCAAUGGGGGGCCAAUUCAGCAAGAAGGUUGUCGAAAAUCCGCCCAUCCUUCAACUCAAUACCAACUUUCAGUACACAGCUGAGCUGAGCUCCUAUGAGGCAGCAUGCAGGCUCGACCCAGAGUUGCAAACCUUCGACAGCACCCUCCAAGCCCGUACGAACCAUGUCAUCAACACCCUGGCCCAUGGCGUCGAGGUUCGAGCGCUAUCCUUCCACUCAUUGAAAGAAGUCACCGGGUGCCUGCUUGAUAUGAACCAGGAAGUUGUCAAGAUCAUCUUGGAAUGUAAGACAGAUAUUUGGAAGAACCAAGAACUCUUCGAACUCGUAGAAGAAUACUUCGAGAACAGUUUGCAAACCUUAGAUUUUUGUACUGCUCUCGAGAAAUGCCUGAAGAGGGCCCGGGAUAGCCAAUUGAUCCUUCAUGUUGCUCUUCAACAGUUUGAAGAUGAAGAUGGGGCAGACGGGAAGAAGAAGUAUUCGAGGACAUUGGAGGAAUUAAAGAAUUUCAAGGCCGCUGAGGACCCAUUCACGGAGGAGUUCUUCCAGGUCUUCCAAUCAGUUUAUAAGCAGCAGGUUUUGAUGUUGCAAAAGUUGUUAUUGCGGAAGAGGAAGCUCGAUAAGAAGUUGAAAUCCGUCAAGGCGUGGAGAAAGGUCUCAAGCAUAAUCUUUGCUGCGGCUUUUGCUGCUGUUCUCAUCUGCUCGGUGGUGGCUGCUGCCAUGGCGGCACCCCCUGUUGCAGCUGCCCUGGCAGCUGCAACUUCAAUUCCUUUGGGAUCGAUGGGUAAAUGGUUUGAUCCACUUUGGAGGGAUUACGAGAAUGCAUUGAAAGGGCAGAAAGAGGUUAUUAACUCAAUGCAGGCAGGCACUUAUAUUGCUAUCAAGGACUUAGAUAGCAUUCGGGUUCUUGUUGACCGGCUGGAAAUAGAGAUGGACUCUCUAAUGCAAAAUGCUGAUUUUGCCCUUCGAGAAGAGGAUGCUGUGAAGUUCGGAAUAGAGGAGAUCAAGAAGAAAUUGGGGAUUUUUGUCAAGAGCAUUGAGGAUCUGGGUGAGCAUGCUGACAAGUGCAGCAGGGAUAUAAGAAGGGCAAGAACAGUAGUCCUGCAGAGGAUUAUUAAGAAUUMCAGCAACUGAUGCAGCUUUUUGGUAUGCUCUAUUGAUUUCAAGCUAAAUACAUGUUAAGUUCUGGAUCUUGGAUCUAUUGAAUUGAAUACCUUACCUUAUGAAGAAUAAUAGGAAAAAAAAAAGUUAACUUUCAGAUCUAAACUUGGAUGGUUUCCAACUUUCAUCUCUUCAUGUGUAAAUGUAUUUAUUGUUUUAACAUUAAUAUUGUUCUUUGAUUCACAAAMUUGUGGAUGGUGAGUGYUACAUUCUUUUACAACCAUGUUUAUUACUGUUUUUGGUUUGAUUCAAGCCUAAAGAAUUUAUUUGACUGCCAUGCAGAUGUGAGCGAGGUACCUGGCUAUAGAUCAAUACAUGAUUAAAUCCCUAGAAUAUGUUAUUCCUUCUGUUUAUCAACAUAUCUUUGAAGUUGGAGAAACUUAUUGGAAGAAAGCAUCCAAUCCAAUUUCUUAAGUAGUAAUUCUCUAUGAUUUGUAUGACAACAAAAAGAUUAUGAAAUGCACUAAAUCC